GUCUCAAAGGAGUCUUAGGCUCCCGAACGGUUAAAAACCACUUAAUACCGACGGAGACAUGAAAUUUAUUUGACAUCAAUGUCAAGCAUUGGUUAUUCUAAUUCUGGGGCAUGGCCAGACCUGGACAUCUGGAAUGAUCUACGCGCUUAAAAACGCCACUCGCCACCAUUUUCUCCAGCUGGGAGCGUCCACUCGCCUUCCACCAGCAUGGCGACCUCCUCACAGUACCGCCAGCUACUGAGUGACUACGGGCCACCGUCCCUAGGCUACACCCAGGGAACCGGGAGCAGCCAGGUGCCCCAGAGCAAGUACGCGGAGCUGCUGGCCAUCAUCGAGGAGCUGGGGAAAGAGAUCAGACCCACCUACGCGGGGAGCAAGAGCGCGAUGGAGAGGCUGAAGCGCGGCAUCAUCCACGCUAGAGGACUGGUUCGGGAGUGCUUGGCUGAGACGGAACGGAAUGCCAGAUCCUAGCCGCCUGGUUGGUUUUGAAGGCUUUCUGUCUUUUUACAAGAUGAGAAGUGACAGUUCAUCUCCCCUGUUCAGAUGAAACUCUUGUUUUCAAAAUGAUAGCAGUUUGGUUUUUCCUCCCAUGGUUCACUUGACUCUGAACCUACAGUCUCAAAGAUUGAGAAAAGAUUUUGCGAUUAAUUAGGAUUUGCAUUUUAAGUAGUUAGGAAUUACCCUUUUUUUUUUUGGUAAGCAUUGAUUUAAAAGAUGCACGUGAAGUUAUCUUACAGCAAACUAGUUUGCCCCCAAGACACCGGGUCUCCCUUUAAUCUUCUCUUCUGAGUACAUUUCUGUUACCCACGUUGUUCUUUGUUCCUUUUCGUAAGCUAACACAGCUCUAGGGAUUGUUUUUAACGCACACUGACAGCACGCCUCCUCAGUGGCUGGUCCGUUUGCCACACUGUAGAAUCUGCUUAAUGUAACUUCUUUUUUGCUUAAGCAUUUGCAUGACUAUUAGUGCUUCGAAGUCAAUUUUAAAAAUGCACAAGUUAUAAAUACAGAAGAAAGAGCAACCUACCAAACCUAACAAGGACCCCCGAAAAUUUUCGUACUAAGACUGUAAGUAGAUUUCAGUUCUGCGUUUACUGUAAGUUGAUAAAAACAUCUGGAAGAAAAUGACUAAACUGUUUGCAUCUUUGUAUGUAUUUAUUACUUGAUGUAAUAAAGCUUAUUUUCAUUAACAAUUUGUAUUAAAAUGUGGGUUCCUUGAA